UCAACAUCUCAUUUCACACACACAACACACAAAAAAACCCUUGUCCCUCCCUCCAUGUUAAAAUUUCAGUCUCCCCCAAAAAUUUCACAUUUUUCCCUCCAAUCUCUUUCUCUCUCUAGCUUUCUCUCUCAUCCAAAAAUAGUAAGUUUGUAAUGGAUGGAGCACAACAAUAUAAUCCUAGAACUGUUGAAGAAGUAUUUAGAGAUUUUAAAGGUCGUAGAGCUGGUCUUAUUAAAGCCCUCACUACUGAUGUUGAAGAAUUUUAUCAACAAUGCGACCCAGAGAAGGAAAACCUCUGCCUUUAUGGAUUUCCCAGUGAACAGUGGGAAGUCAAUUUACCAGCCGAAGAAGUACCCCCAGAGCUUCCUGAGCCUGCUUUGGGGAUAAACUUUGCCCGAGAUGGCAUGCAAGAGAAGGACUGGCUGUCCUUGGUCGCUGUGCAUAGUGAUGCGUGGUUACUUUCUGUUGCCUUUUAUUUUGGUGCUAGAUUUGGGUUUGAUAGAGCUGAUAGGAGAAGAUUGUUCAAUAUGAUAAAUGAUCUCCCUACAAUUUUUGAGGUUGUGUCUGGGACAGCCAAGAAACAAUCAAAAGACAAGUCAUCAAUGUCAAAUCACAGCAGCACCAAAUCUAAGUCUAACUCAAAGGUGACACAACGUGGUUCUGAAUCUCAGCCCAAGUAUUCAAGACCACAACCGAAAGACGAGGAUGAAGAUGGUUUGGAAGAAGAUGAUGAACAAGGAGAAACGCUAUGUGGGGCUUGCGGAGAAAACUAUGCAUCUGAUGAAUUCUGGAUCUGCUGUGACAUAUGUGAGAUAUGGUUCCAUGGCAAGUGUGUUAAAAUCACUCCUGCCAGGGCCGAGCAUAUCAAGCAGUACAAGUGCCCAUCUUGCACCAGCAGCAACAAGAGAGCACGCGCCUGAUUGCACCUGCACUAUUUGGAUUCACCCUUUGUGAAAUCGGGAAUUGUUAACAAGAUCUUUUUCCAGUGUGAGAAAUGGAGAUUUUUCGAGAAGCUUUUAGAUGUCAUAGCCCAUAGGGGUUCUAUUCUAGGUUACGAAUAUCUAUUAUCUAGUUUGCAAGAAUGUAGUUGUCUAGUUUGUUUAUGUAGUAUGCCAUGCUGUGUAUUAUCUAGGUUUUCAAACCAUAAUUAGUUGUGUAGGUUAACGUUAUGGUGUUAAGACAUUUGAAGUCUCAAGUAGUCUGUGUUCUGUUAAGGGAAGCCAUUUUUCCCAGUUAUGUGGUGUUAAGGAUUAUAUUGUUCUUCCUCAAAAAAAAUUUCGUCUUUCGUCAA